UGUGGCGCUUAGUGUUUCAGGAGUGUCAAGCUUGAGGUGAAAUGGCGGAGGCUGAGGCUCUGGUCUGGAUCUGCGGCCCGGGCUUUGGCUGCAAAGCGGUGCGGUGUGCCUCGGCUAGGUGCUCUGUCCAGGAUUUUAUCCUCCGAUACUGCCAAGAUCAGGAUGUUCCGGUGGAAUACUUCUUUGUGAAAUGCAAUGGAGCACUCAUUAACACCUGUGAUACAGUGCAGCAUGGAGCUGUUUAUAGUUUGGAACCCAGGCUUCUUGGGGGAAAAGGAGGUUUUGGAUCUAUGCUCCGAGCACUUGGUGCUCAGAUUGAGAAGACAACCAAUAGAGAAGCUUGCCGGGAUCUCAGUGGGAGAAGACUUAGAGAUGUCAAUCAUGAAAAAGCAAUGGCUGAAUGGGUAAAACAACAAGCAGAACGAGAGGCUGAAAAGGAGCAGAGACGGCUGGAGCGACUGCAGCGGAAGCUUACAGAACCUAAGCACUGCUUCGCUAGCCCUGACUACCAGCAGCAGUGCCAUGAAAUGGCCGAGCGUUUGGAGGACUCUGUCCUCAAAGGUAUGCAGGCUGCCUCUAGCAAGAUGGUAUCCAUAGAAAUCAGCAAGAAUCUGAAACGGCAACGGCCUACCAAAACAGCAGACAAAGGAGCCAGUGCAGGGAAAAGGAAAUGCUUAUGGUUUGGUGUGGAAGGACUAGAGACUACAGUGGGGUCCGGUUCUGAGAGCUCAGAUGAUGACAGAGAAGCACCUAGUACCUCAGAAAUGAGCAUCCAUGCUCUAAAAAAUGUCAGUGAUAGUGUCGAGAUGGCAGCCAAAUUUCCCAGUAGUUCUCAGAGGGUAGAAGUAGUGAACACAACCUUUGGAUCACCAGAAAAACUACAAAUUCCAGAGAUGGCCUCUACAAAAGAUAUUUUAGAAGACUCAUUUGCUGAACUGGGAGAGUUGGGAGAGACAUCUACCAAGGAGCACAUGGACAGCAAGAUGAUUUUAGAAACAGAAGAGACCCAAGAGAGAAAGGAGGCAGAGGGUGAAGAAUCUAUAGACGAGGGAGCAGUUGGGGCUGGACUGAAAAAGGAUAAAGAGACAAAAGAAAGGACUGAUGGGGAAACAGCUGGCAAGGUAACACCUGGAGAAGAUAGAGAGAAAGCUUCUGUUGCCAAACUGGAGGAAAGCCAGCCAGGAAACACAAUUAUUGGUAAGGAAACUAUAGAUUUGUUGGCAUUCAACUCUGUUGCAGAACUGGAACUGCUGGGUUUUGAGAAGCUCAAGUGUGAACUGAUGGCCCGUGGACUGAAAUGUGGGGGAACUCUGCAGGAGCGGGCAGCAAGACUCUUCUCUGUCAGAGGAGUGGCAAAGGAACAGAUUGACCCAGCUUUGUUUGCCAAGCCUUUGAAAGGGAAGAAGAAAUGAAUUCCAUCAGAGCUGAUUUCUUCUUUCUUUGUAUACCAGCAUUUAUAAUCUGUAUAAUGUAGACCCUUAGCCUAUAUUCCUUUUGAUUUUAAAAGCUAACUUUUUAAUGAUCUAAUUCUAACUGUUCCAUUUUUCAUUUAAUAAUUCAUUUAAAGAAUUAAUGUGUCAAACCA